GCAACAAACAGGAUCCAUGUACUACACGUGAACAACGAAGUGCGUUGCCGCGUACUGCUGAACAGUCUCAGCUCUGAACCUUUAAUGCAUGGCUAUCGGGUUCACUUCUGCAUCAACUGCAGCCCAAAGAACAGCCUCAUAGGUUAGAAUACACAAAUCUUCAACAUGGGCUAUCAGAUUCAAGGGAAUGUGGCGAUUGUCACGGGCGGAUCCCAAGGCUUUGGAAAAGAGUUCACGAAACUUCUUCUGAAGAAGGGGGCUAAGGUGGCCUUCUCUGAUAUCAACGUGGAGGUCGGCCGUCAAACGGAAUCCGAUUUGCAAAAGGAGUUCGGCAAGGAAAACGUCAUCUUUGUCAGAGCCGAUGUCACAAACGAUGAGGAUUGGACCUCAUUGUGGGAUGAAGCUGAAAUGAAGCUUGGAGCUGUGGCCAUUUUAGUGAAUAAUGCCGGCAUUGGAGCAAGUUUGGGAUGGGAGAGAAAUGUGGAUAUCAUGCUGAAAGGCGUUGGAAAGGGAACCUUUUUGGCCUUGGAUAGAAUGGGAAAGAACAUGAGUGGUCGAAUUAUUAACAUCGCCUCCAUCGCCGGUAUUGCUAGCGGAUUCACCUCGAAGAUUGAGGUUAGCGGAUACACGAUGGCCAAGCACGGAGUCAUCGGAUUGACCAGGAGUUUUCCCAGGGCCAGACCCGCCCCUUUCUCUAAAUAUGGCGUGAAGGCUUAUGCCCUUUGUCCGUGGUUUGCCGAUACUCAAUUACUACGAGAAGAAAUUAGCGACCUCUCCAAGAUUGAACGAAGCACCAAGACCAGGGUACUAACUGUUGAAGAAGUCGGCAAAUCCUUGCUUACCGCUUUGGAAAAGGAUAAGGAUGGAGCUUGCUACCUUAUCUUUCCGGAUGUGCCAUUGAUUGACUUUCCAAAUUGCAAUGAAAACCUCUUCGCUUUGUCGGUAGCGGCUGGUUGGAUUUUAAAGAAAGCUGGGUAUGAGCCCGAUGUUAUCGGAUGGCCCGUAGUUUUGGCAGUGGGAGCACUGCUACUCAUCAUUUUCUAUUACAUUUUUGCAAUCUUGAAGUUUAUGGUUUGGUAAUGAUUUGAUGGAUUUUAUUUGGAAACAAAGCUCGAAAUAAAACUACUGUUUGAUACUCUUG